CCUCACCAACCCUAAGGACAUCUUCCAGCAUAACAUGUGGGAUCAUGUUCAGUGGUCACCAGAGGAGAUGGAAGAAGCCAGACAAAAAGCAGAGGAGAACUCCAGAGAACAGAUUCCAAUAGAAGAACAAGGUUUUCCACUAGGUUUUUGAACGUGACUGUGGGGAUUUGUGCUCAUUCAGCCACAAGAGCAUUAGUGAAGUCAGGCACUGAUGUUGAGAGAGGAGGCCUGGGAUGUAGUCGGCGUUCCAGUUCAUCCUAAAUUCGGCGUUCCAGUUCUUCCACUUCAGUCUUGGUAAAUCAUGUCUUCAUGGACCUCGCUUUGUGCACAGGAGCAUUGUCGUGCUGCAACAUGUUUGGACCCCUUAGCUCCAGAGAAAGGAAAUCUUAAAGUUACAGCAAACAAAGACAAUCUAGACAAUUGUGUGCUUCCAACUUUGUGGCAACAGUUUGGAGAAGAACCACAUAUGGGUGUGAUGGUCAGGUGUCCACAAACCUUUGGCCGUGGACAGCAGUUUGUGCAGUUUAAGCCAUUUGUAUGCUUUCCAGUCAGGUAUGACAGAGACGCUAACAAAUAUUGGGACAGAUUUUACGAAAUGCAUCAAAACAAGUUCUUCAAAAAUCGUCAGUGGCUUUUCUCUGAGUUUCCCGAGCUCUUGCCCCAGGGCUGUGACACAAGUCGUACCCCAGAAGGUCAGGAGGCUUCAGCGCCAGCAUAUCCUGAGUUAAGAGAAACUCAGCACAGCAGGUUGGAAAGCCAAAAGGGAGACGAUCACAUUCCCAACCAUGAUGUACUGAGAGAGAAGCAGCACACUGAUUACCUUUCUGCAGUGCACUCUCAAGAAGCUGCUGCUUUUCCUGGUCAACAUGCUUCUUUCAGAAUACUGGAGGUGGGCUGUGGUGCAGGCAACAGUGUAUUCCCUAUCAUCAACGCCAUCAGGGGCAGUGAUGCAUUCCUGUACUGCUUUGACUUUUCUUCCAGAGCAAUCCAACUUGUCAAGGAGCAUCCAGACUACGAUCCUGCAGUGUGCCAUGCAUUUGUGCAAGACAUUUGUGAUGAUGUGUCCAUGUUUCCCUUUCCUCAGGAGAGUCUUGAUGUUAUUGUUGUGGUGUUUGUGCUCUCCUCCAUUCACCCUGAGAGCAGGAUGCAAAGAGUGCUUAAUCGUCUGGCAAGCUACCUGAAGCACGGAGGAACCAUCCUGUUCAGAGAUUAUGGCAGAUAUGAUCUGGCUCAGCUGCGAUUCAAAAAAGGGCAGUGUCUGUCUGAAAAUUUCUACACACGACAAGAUGGAACCUGCGUAUAUUUCUUUAUGAAAGAUGAGGUCCAUCAGUUGUUCACUAAUGCCGGUUUGGAGGAGGUUCAGAACCUGGAAGACAGGAGACUUCAGGUGAACCGAGGAAAGAAAGUAGUGAUGCAUAGAGUAUGGAUGCAGAGCAAGUACCGAAAACCUUCCAGAGUACCGAUAUCCUAGACCUCUCAACACCAGGAAGCUGACCACUGGGACUGCUUAUGUGGAAGCAUAUAAGCAUAUACGGACAUAAAAUAACCAUGAUGGAAAUACAAACAUGGAUUUAGUGGUUUGUCUGUGAAUUAAUUCACGUCUGUCAGUGAGUGGUGUAAAAGGGGGUAUUAAGUGAACUGGCCACAAGCUGGAAAGAAAUGAGAAAAGUCAGUGCAAGGGAUCAUUUAACUUAUUUUUCAAAGUAGAUACUGAAUUUUACCAAAUACAUGAUUGUUAUUUUACUAAUGUGUUAUUUUAUUUAUGUGAAUAAAGACAGUUCAAUUCAAUUCAGUUUUUUGUAUAGCACUUUUAACAAUGCACAUUGUCACAAAGCAGCUUUACGGAAAUAAAUACAAUCAAAUUAAAUUAAA